GUGAGUUGAAACGUUUCGGCGCGAGCGGCAUGGCGAGCAAGGACAUUUACUACGUGCCCGAGAGCCUUCGGCGGGAGUUCUCGGCACAUGAGAUGGCAGAGUUCUUGGAGCAGUUCAAGGAGUUCGACACCAGCGGGGAUGGCGGUGUUGAUUCAAAAGAGCUGUCGACCUUGAUGGGGUCUAUGGGCAUUCACAUGGAGACGGAAGAGUUGCUGCGGCUCAUCGCGAUCGUGGACGAGAACGGGUCAGGGCAGAUCGAGUUCAACGAGUUCGUUUUGAUGAUGAGCAAUCUUCGGCGAGGAAAGUCAAACAAACUAAGCAAGUUUGUCCAAAUGUCCAAGCAAGUCUUUCAAAUUCGACAAGAGUUCCACGCACUGGACGCGUCGCCCGUCGAUGGAUGUCGCAUCGUACCAUUCAAGCACGACAUAAGACAGUGGAACGUGUACCUGCAAGGUCCUCCAGGGACUCCGUAUGAAGGCGGCACGUAUCGCUACCAUUUUCAGUUCGGUGGGGAUUACCCAUACGAGCCUCCGACUGUCUCGCUCCACACGCGUAUUUACCACGUCAACUUCAUCAUGCUUCUUGACGGCACCGCUCCGACAGAAUGGCUUGCUUCGAUAUGGACACCAGACUGGCGAGCACGUACCCUCAUCGAACGGCUGCUUGUCCUGUUGCGCGACCCUGAACCGGAGCUCAUGGUUUCCAUCUACAACGCUCGGGAUGUUCCUCCAACGAUCGGCACGACGGCGCGGUCCUUUGGGAUGGACUGCUUCAACCAGUUUGUCGAACAUCCUGACAACUUCCACCGCAUUGCCGUUGAAGUCACCAAAACAUACGCAUUGACAAAUACCUCGCUUUAACAACCGAAACGUUAUCUCACAUCAAUUUAGAUAUCGAUUCUAUCAAGUUGAAGUGGAUCCAUGUUCGUACUUG